GGUAAAAUCAACAAUAUUAAAAAAUUAUUAAAAAGGAAAGGAGAGAAUAAACUUUAAAUAUAUAAAAAGGUGUAUAGUAAAAUAGAUUAAAUGAGCACCAAAACCAGAGGUAGAGAGCAACAACAAAAGCAAAUUUAUGAAGCUCUGAAAGAGUCUAGUUCAGAGUUCCCAGACGAUCUAAUAGCUUAAACAGCUUCAGAUAUUGAGUAAGCAGUUUAUGAAUACUACGAAUAAAAUGAGCACAAUAAAAAGUACACUGAAAAGAUUAUCUUUUUAAAGAUGAGAAUUAAAGGUGCUCGUAAUGCUAAAGUCAGAACAGUUUUGCUUCUUAAGAAAAUAGAUCUAAAGGAAUUUAUAGAUUUGAAAGCCACUGAUUACAAUGACACAUUCUUUUAGCAAAAAUUGAACUCUGAUGAUAUUUCAAAUCAUUCAACUUAAGCUUCUUAACAAGUAUUAAAAUAAGAAAAUACUAGUAAUCUACUAUCAUCUUAGCCUCCUGCUGAAGAUCACUCCAAUUCAUAAGAAUUAAAAAAUGCACCACCUUAAAUUGCAUAAAAUCCUUUUACUGCCAAUCCCUUUUAGAGAGUCAUUCCUACACAAAAUAACGCUCCUGCUAAUAGAAUAGGAGGAAAAUCUAGAUAUGUAAAUCCUAAUUUUGCAAAUAACAAUUCUCUAAACCAAUAAUCCAAUGCACCUUCACUUAUUCCUCCAGUAGAUGUUCCACCUUAAAAUUAAGUACUUCCACCAAGUGAUAAUAUCCCACCCGUUAAUCCUACUACUGCUAUACAAACUCCUCCCGUUUAAGUAGUUCAACCCUAAGUUGUUAAAGAAAACAUUGUUUAGUCUAAUUUAGUAGAAUCUCACUUAUAAAACUUAGUGGACCAUCACAGCAACUAAAAUGAUUUAAUUCAUCAUGAAUAACCUCAUUAAGAUGAUUUCCAUCAAUAGAACCAAUAAAACAUUCCUAUUGCAAAUAAUAAUGUUUAAGAUUAAUAGUAGUUAGUGAAAAAUUCACCUCAAAAGACUAAUCUUCCAAAUACUAAUACCCACCAUACUUUUCAUCCUGCUCCACCUCCUCCUAAUAGAUAAGUCUAAAAGAGUUCAUAACCAUAAGCCCCAAUCAGAAAUGAUCAAUAGGCAGCACAAAUACAAUAAUAGUAAUAGCCAAUUUAAGUAUAAUAAUAGCCUAUUCAAGUAUAAUAGCCACCAAUUUAAGUCAUUUAACCUCCAGUCUAGGUAAUAUAGCCUCCUGCUUAAGCUCCCUAGCCAGUUUAAGCAUAAUAAAUAUCAAAUAAUUAGCAUUAAGUGCCAAAUCAGGUUCAACAAACUCCCGUUUUAGGAUAAUUGCCUAAUAAUUAAACUGGGUAUUCUUAAUAGCAUAUCUAAGCUUUAAUUUAAUAAUAAUAGUAAAACUAAAGUUAAUACGAUAAUUCAAUUUAAUCAUAGCAACACGUUUUCUAAUAAGGAAAUUAGGUUUAGAGCUAAAAUUAAAAAUUAGAUAGUUAACCUCAAAUUAGCAAGGAAUAAUUAAACUAAUUAAUUAAUGAAGCAUUAAGUCAAGCCUAAAAUAGCUUCUUACAAUAGCUAGAUUAGUAUAAAUAGCAUUAAGAAUAAGUCAAUGCCUAAAGUAGAACUAAAAUUGAAGAACUGGAAAAAAAAUUGUAGAAUGUUUAAACAAAUAGCUAAUCAUCUGAUGUAGUUGAGCAAUAGAAUAUUUUACAUAAAAAAUUAAAUGAAUUGAGUUUAAUAAUUCAAUCACAAUAAAAUAAUAUAAAUAAUUUAGAAAAUUAAUUAUCUCAAUUAUCUCUCAGGAAAUCUUCAGUUGAAUAGCAACCUUAAAAUCAAAAUUCUAAUCAGAAUUAAAACUUGAAAGCUGAAAUCGAAUAGUAUACCUCUUUGAUAAGUAGCUUAUAAAAAGAAAAUCUUGAAUUAAAGAAUUAAUUGAACUCUUCAAGAGAAAUUGAAUCCUAACAUAAACAAACAAUCUAAAAAAUGACUUUAAUGAUUGAUUAACUUUAAGGUCAAAAUAAGUCUCUACAAGAAAAGAAUGAUCAAUUAUCUCAAAAUAUUGCCUAGCUUAAUCAAUAGCUCACUGAUGUGCAAUUAUUACAAAAGCAGCAAUUACAAUAGCUAAAUCAAACUUAAUGGUAAUUGUAACAAGCUUAGUAAUAAUAGUAGUCAAUUUAAUAAAUCAAUUAUUAAUAAUAGCAAUAACAACAACAAUAAUAAUAGCAAUAGUAAAUUGCACAAAUAUAAUAAUAAUAACACUCAUUGAAUGCUACCCCUUAAAAUUCACGUUAACAAUCAUAGACUUCUGCUCAACUUAUUUAAUAUGCUAACCUUUCUAAUAGUAAUAAUAACUAAAAUCAUAAUGUUCAUUAGUAAAAUAUCUAAAAUAUUGUAAAUUCUGUAAGCAAUGUUAAUUAAUAAAUGAGUAACUUUGAGGCUGAGGAUUUCUUUGAUUCUAUGAAUGGCUCUUCCAACCAAAAUACUUUAUCUAAUAGUAUAAGUUAAGCUAACUAGGCCACUAAUGUAAAUUAAAGCUAAACCUAAAGUACUCCUGCAGUAACUUUAAAUUAAGCUUCAACUAUUACCUAGCAUCAUGUACCUGUCUAUGGUGUUUAACAAUAAAUAAAUUAAGCACCAUCUCAUUAACAAGCAAAUACUCAACAGUAAUCCAAUAUCAUACCUCCUCAUCAUUAAAACAUUGCAUAUAAUCCUAACUAGCCUCUUUAGCAGCAGUAACUUGCUUAAUCUUAUUAAUAGCCAAUUAUUCCUUAGAAUAAGGCUAAUGUCCCUCCUCCAAUUCCUGUAGGUGCAGUAUAAAAGCAAAGAAGAGUAGCUAAAGGUGUUGAAAGCAUGUUCAACUGA